UUCGUGUAAUGGAGCAAACUGCAGCAGUGCGCGUGGAGAAAAUACUGUUGGUAGUUAUGGCUUCUACUUGUACAGUAGGAAACGCAUGCGGGAAUAUAUGCCUGGUGUUUGCCCCCCAAUACGUCAAAGGUCACCAAGCGACCGCCGGGAGUACUUGCAUUAUCCUUUGGAGUUAAAAAUCAGUCAAUUUUGGGGAGAGUACACCAUUAAUCAGGUGGAAAAUGAAGUGGCGGAUAUACGAGUACGUACAGUGAAAAGUGGAAGGACGAGAUCAUUAUGAGCCAGUGUGUGUUUUUAACGUGCGCUGGAGCAUGUUUCACGGUGCUACGAUGACCUGCGGGCGCUUGCUGUUCAGUACUCCCUGCGGGCAAACGAUUAAGCAUUCUGACUUUUUUUUGAAUGCACAAUUCUCCUCUCCUGAUAAUAACCAAGUCCUACAAAUUCUAUUCUGAAUAUCGGGCUAUUAUUUCCCGUUUCUCGUUCGUCUUAUAUAAAAUAUCGGCGUGAGAUUUUUUUUACCCUGUUUUUGGAGCAUCCUAACUGCAUAAUUAUGAAAACAAGUGCGUUUUAUCUGGGAAACAGAAGCCUAUUAGCGUUCUGUUAACAUACAUGUUCGUAUAAUUUUUGGCGAGUAUUCCGAGUAAUGAAGGCAAAUUUCACGUAACUGCCUCAUCGGUGUCCGGUGUCGGAAGUGUCCGGUGCCAUUUUUUUGUUCCAGUGCAUGGCGGAAUAAAUUAUGCCGGUUAACGGUAGCGGCGAUUCUUCCGUUGUACCUUCCCUUCCGGUGAAUUUCAGCCAGGCGUCGCACUGGCUGAACACGAUGGUCCACCCGCAUCCCGGCGCCACGGCCGAGGCCUGGCGCAGUCUGGUCCCGCAUUCCGGCACGUAUACACACGCGCAGAUCAACCGCGCCUACAGCUUCUACAUCGUCUCCUACUUCCUCCUGCUCUUCUUGUGUUCCUUGGGCAACACGUUAAUCCUGGCGGUGAUUGGACGGAGCCUCCGGCAGUGGCAGACGUCCGCCUCCCGCUACAUGCUGGUGACGGCGCUGGCCGAUCUGGGAGCUCUCUGGUUGGGAUUUCCGGUGAUGCUGUGGAAUUUCGGCGCCGUCUUCGACCGGGCCUACCACAAACUGCCGCGGGUUAAGCAGGUCAUCAACGCCGUCAAACCGCUGACCGGCUGGGGCCAGGAGGCCUGCAUGUUCACCUCCGACUGGCUGCUGGUGAUGUUCUCGUUGGAGCGUUUGCUCAUCAUCAUCAGUCCGUUCCGCUUGCUGCAGCGAAUCUUCUUAUAUCAUCAUAAUUACGAUCGGUGUAUAACGACACAUUGCAGAAUCUUCAAGUACGACCUGUACAAAGCCCGCGCCAAGCGCCCGGCCUGGUUGCGCCAUUGGGAGCAGGUGCAGAACCCGGCGGAAGUGGUGGUCAGUCUGCUGGUCUUCUUCGUCAUCCUAACCAUCAACGUGGCGCUCAUCGUCUUCCUGGCGCGCCACCGCCGCUCCAAGCUGGCGCAGAUGCGCGUCAAACAAAUUGCGAACAAACCGCCCAUCUCCCCAGCGGCAUCUUUGCAGUCGGGAAAGCGCGGCCCGCGGGCGGCGGCGCGCAACAGCGACAUCAUAUUAAUCAGCGGCGCCGCGCUGUACCUGCUGACGAAGACGCCCUCCGUCGUCUUCCACUGCCUGAUGCGCGCCGACUACCACCAGCAGUUUGAUUUCGAUCCGACCGCCCAGCAGCUGGCGGCGCCGUUCGUCAACGUCCCCAUGUACAUGCUGUACAGCUUCCGGUUUUUCGUCUACAUACUGACGAAUGCGCAGUUCCGGGAACGGUUUAUGCAGUUGAUUGUGCGGCCGUUGUGGCCGCACGCCAACGGCUUCGUCCGCCGGGAGGACACGCGCGAAGGGCUCGGCGCGCGGCUGGUGCAUCGGUUCACGGAGGGACGCUCCACGUCGGCCGCUGCGGCCAUAGCAGCGGCUGCCAAACAGUAGAAAAUGACCAUUUGAUUGACUGGCAUUGUGAUAGAGAAAAGUGGCAUUUUGCACAUAUACACUAAUCUAGAGAAAGGUCAUCAUAAUUCGCACAAUGUGUUGGUGAUCGUUUGAAGAAACGACUAAUGUUUUCUAUGAUCCUGUAGUACCUAUACUAGAUGUAUUCUUAAAAUACAAAUUAUACAACUGAAUAAAUAAAAUAAAUGGCGUCAGCUGUUCGUUGUAGUGAGUAAU